AUGGUCGAGGCACUGGAACUGCCGCAGCAGGCAUGGCUUCAAGGUAUGAUGUCACAUAGAAUCGUGACGGAAGAACGAUCACAAGCCAUGUUCAAAGCGGCAACGGAAGCAUGUCGGGUACAGCAUACCCAACGUGACUAUGCUGAGUGCAUCAAAAAGGUAAAUAACGCAUUAAUUGUUGUCAAUCUUGAAAUUCGACGAAUGAUUGAUGAACAAACAGAGAAGCAUAUGCUCGCUAUCGUCAACACGAAAGCCGAUGAAAUUGCAGAAUUAGCAACCCAAUUCACGCCGCAUGAAAUCAAAUUCAUCAAAAGCUUAAUCGAAAAUAUCUUUACUGCUCCUCGUCGUGCAUACUGUAUUUCGUCAACGGUUGCAAUCAGUCUCGGAAAGGAUAUGGAUCCGGAAUUAAGCUCUACAAAGGCUGACAUACUUUGUAAGAAGCUUGUUUCGCAAGGUUGGAUCACAAAGGAUGCCGGUUUUUACUUCCUUUCUCCGCGAUCGUUAUUGGAAUUGCAGAGUUAUCUACGUGGGUCUUAUGAAGAGUACAUGCACACCUGUCACGCUUGCAAGGACAUCGUCACUCGUGGAUUGGCAUGCUCAACGGAAGGUUGCGAUUUGUAUGCACAUCAUUAUUGCAAACCACGAUUGCUUUCGAUGUUGCAAACAAAGGGUGAUGUCAGAUUGUGCGCAAAAUGUAAGAAGCCAUGGUCUCCGCUCACAGUUGGUGAUACGACGAAUGCAUCAACGAUGAUGAUAGGAAGGAGCAACCGCAACAAUGGUGAAAAUCCACUCGGGUUUACGUCUGUAAAUCGAGCUUCUACAGGGGAAACGGAUGAUUCUGAAGAUUCCGAAGAGGAAGACGAACUUGGCGAAACGCAAGAUAGCGGAUCGAAACGUGGACGAUCAUCAACAGUGCAAAGCCGCUCAAGUCAACGUCGUCGUAUCACUGAAGAAGAAACUGUGCCACUCGAAGAAGAUGAAGAGAGCGAUUGA